AUGAAAGGUGAGAUUUCUUUUCAAAAUAACGAAAAUAACUAAAAUGUUAUGGUUAUUACAUAUGACUGUGAAUCCAAUAUUUAAUUUAAAGGUAAAUUAGAAUAGCUAACAUGGGAAAAAUAAAAAAAAAUAAACUUAAAGGAUGUCAAUAAAGAAAACAUUUGUUUACUUGAAAUAAAGUCAUUCACUAAUGAAUAAGUAUAAGGAAAUGGUCGAUAACCAUUUACUGUAAAAUAUAAAUGUGAUAGUUCGGCAAAAACAUUGUUAUAGAUUUUAUAAGAGGAACCAAAUAAAGUUAAAAAAAUACUCUAUUUCUAUAAAUUAAUAGAUUUGGCAAAUAUUCUAAAGAAAUAAAAAAUAGUUCAUAUGAACUUGAAAUUAUACAAUAUUAUAUGGUAUAAGUAAAAAUUUUAUCUGAUUAAUUUUGGAUACUUAGAUACAUAUCCUUCUCAAUAUGUUACUAGUUUAAAUUAUGGUAAUGAACAACAAUAUGAGACUGAUCGUUAAAGAUAUUUAUAUCCUUAUUUAACUUAAAAUUUUUUGACUUUUAUAAAAGAUAAUUUAGGAAAUAAAGACCUAAUUGAGAAACAUUUAAAAAAUAUAUCAGAAGAGAAGAAGCAAAAAUAUGAUCUAUAUGCCUUAGGGAUCAUGAUGUUGGAAUUAUUUGUACCCUUAGAAAAAAUAUAUAAAAAUUUUUAAAUAUAAACUUAUGAUAAAAAAACAAAAAAAUAUAAUAUUAUAGAGUAGUUAAAAAGGAUCGAUGAUUGUUAAGAUAUUUAUGGAAAAGAUACUUGCGAGAAAAUUAAAUAAAUUCUUAAUGAUAUUUUUAUUGAAAAAAAAUUACCAUCAGAGAAAGAUUAUAAUUCUAUAAUACAAAUUUUUGAAAAUAUUCAAAAAUAAUAAGAAGAAUUACAAGAAUUACAAAAAAGGGAAGGACAAAGAGAAAAUGAUAUUGGUCAACAAUAGCAUAUUCAAAGAAAUUCAACUAUUAUUUAUGAGGAAAAUUAAUCAUUUAUUAAUAAUAGCUUUGAAAGUAGACCUUUACUUUAAGAAUAAAUUUUAUAAUAAAAAAUGAAUCCUUAGCAUGAAAGUUAUGUCAAAGAUCUUAUAGAUAAACAAUAAAUCUAUGAUUUCGAUCCUAAAUUAUUAUAUUAUUUAAAUCAUAUGGAUCUAAUGGAUUAUUAAAAUAAAAUAAAGGAUACACCAACUCUUGAUCAUAUGAAAAAAAAAGGAAAGCAUCUAUAGCGUUUAUUAAAUAUGGAUUAUCUCAAAAAUAAGAAAUAUAAUGAAUUCUCUCAAUUAGAUAAAGAAGAUAGAUUUUACCUAUUAUAAAAUUAUCUUAAAGAUAAAAAUAAUUAAAUUGAUACUGAUAUUUAAGAAGCAAUUGAAAGUUUAAACUAAAUCCCAGACAAUUAAUUUUAAUUUAAUGAAAUUAAAAAAAAUUCACCAAUCAUCUAACUAAACACUGAAUAAAGUUUUCUCGAAAAGCUAAAUCGAUAAAUGCCAGUCAUAAAACGCUUUAUAGAAUAUUAAAUGUUAUUUUUACUGAAUUAGAACGAUUAAUAAUUUAAUUGGAAAUUUGAAGAUGAAUAAGAAAAGUAAAUCAACAAAUAUUAAAUGAUUUGUGCGAAAGUGAAAGUGUUGGAUAAAAAUGAAAUUUGGUAUUUUUUUGACUUAGAAAGAAUGGAAAAUGCUCAAUUAAAUUAAGAAAUUACAUAAUUACAUAUUGGAAAUAUUGAAGAUAAUCAAUUUAAAGGCAGAAUUAUUGAAUAUAUACCAAAAGUUAGUAAAAAUGUAAACCCGAAAAAGAAAGGCUUAAUUGUAGAUUAUGAAGAAGUAGAAGUUAAUCUUCAUGAUAUGUUCAAAAAAGGCGAAAAUGUUAAAAUUACUACUUAUAAAUAAAACAAUUUUGAGAAGAUAUCAGUUUAUACAGGAAAUUUAAAGAACAAUGAAUAUCAUGGAGAAGGUAAGAUUAUAGACUUGUAAAAUAAUUAUUAUUACUAUGGAGAAUGGAAGAAUGGCAAAAAGGAUGGAAAAGGAGAAUUUAAAGUACUAAGUACAGAGUUUUAAUACAAAUAUGAAUUUAAGGAACUGAAAGGAAUAUUUUCAGAUGAUCAUAUUGAACAAGGUUCUAAAAUCAAAUUUUUUCCUAAUCUUAAAUUUCAACCCAAUACUCUUUCUCCAAACUAAAACUACGAAGAAGGCAGUGGAAAUUUUUAUUUUGAAGAAGCUGUGAAAGUUUAUUAUUACAAAGAUAAAUAUAGAGUAAAGAUUGAAAGUUCACAAUUAUAUAAAGCAAUUUAGAAUAAAUUAAAAAAUUUAUGUUGUAAUUUAUCAAAUUUAUGCAAAAAGUAGUGA